AUGGUGCCACUCAUCCUUCAGAUUACCGGGGUCCUGGUGGUUCCUUUACGGCUAUACGCGAGAUGGACGACGAUGCAUCGAUUCGAGGCCGACGACUGGAUCAUGAUGUUCUGCGGCGCUAUGUUUGUCGUCUUUGUCGUCGUUGGACAACUUGCCGGUCACGUUGCCUUUGGAGAAGACAUCUGGAUGGUCGACCCAGAUGAACUUACGUUAGGACUAAAGCUCUUCUUCAUCGACGAAAGCAUGUACCUCGCCUGCUUAGGUCUAACCAAGAUCUCAGUACUUUUCUUCUAUCUCAGAAUAUUCCCGAACAAGUCCUUCCGAUGGGCAACGUACGCGACGAUGACAUACAUCAUAAUAUCGACCACAGUGGUUCUCCUCAUGCAGAUCUUCCAGUGCAUCCCCUUUGAAUUCAACUGGGUUGGUUGGAAAGGAGACUUUGGCCCACACCACUGCCUGGAUAUCAACGCACUAGCCUUUGUGGCUGGCGGGCUGAGUAUCAGCCACGACCUCAUCAUUCUCGCCUUGCCUCUUCCGCUGCUGUGGCACCUCAACACUUCAAAACGCUCCAAGAUAGGCAUCUUGUUCAUGUUCAGCCUCGGCAUCUUCGUCCUCAUCACCUCAUGCAUCCGGCUGCGCUACAUCGUCUCAUUCACGCAAUCACUUAACCCCACGUGGGACUUCACGGACCCCCUCAUCUGGUCUGGUCUCGAGGCGUCCGUGUCCAUGAUCGUCGUGUGCCUCCCCGCGCUCCGGAUCUUGCUGAAGCGUGGCUGGCCCAAGAUGUUCAGCACGAUUGGCACCGCGGAGGUCCACUCGGCGCCGAAGAAGGCUUCUAACGCAUCAUCUCGGAUGGCACAAGCCAUCAAGGCGGCUGAAGACGGCGACGGCGACGGAUACAACAAUGUGAUGAAUGAUGGAGACGAGGAGGUCGCCGACGCAAAGUACGCCGCGAGCGAAGUGAGGGCCGCGAGGAGGAUGGCGGAGAAGCGGAGGAAGUUCUUCUCGUUCCGAUCGACGACUGUGGAACCGAAUGAGAGCGAGUUGGAGCUGGAGCUGGGCGACAAGGUGCGGGGCGAGGUCAGGACGCAGAUCCGGUACAAUGACGGGGAGUCGACGACGAGAAGGAGCUCUAUUGAAUCUGGGAUUCAUGUGAGGACGACGACAACCAUCCACGACGCGAAUGGGAAGACAUUUUGA